CGACAGCUUUCUGCCUGACCAAGACGACAGCCCUUCUUGAACUUCCAGAUAUCCUUGUUGCGUGGAAUAGAGGGAAAUAGACAAAACUCGCCAAGAUGAAUUUGAGCAGGAGAAUGUUGACCAAGGAGGAGGAGGAUGCAGUAGGCGAUGAGAUCGAGGUCCGCCGUGAGGAUCAGGACAAGAUCAAUAAAUUCAGCCGCCUCCACUCCCACGAACUCACACUCGAGGAGGAGCUCAAAGUAAAAAACAAAGAAAAGGAAGAGCUUGACGACAUCACGACGGAGCUUGAGCUCGCCGACGAGGAUGACCUUGUUCCGUACAAGAUUGGAGACGCCUUCUUCCACCUGCCGCUACCACAGGCACAGGAGCUCCUUGGCCUCUCAACAGCCAAGAUCGAGGAGGAAAUCGGGGAGUUGGAGGACAAGAUGGCCACCAUUCGGGGGGAAAUGACGCAGCUGAAGGUGGAGCUGUAUGCGCGAUUUGGAAAGACUAUCAACCUCGAGACAUGA